AUGGAGGACCCUGUGAUCCGCAUACCGCCCUACCACUAUGUCCAUGUGCUGGACCUCAACAGCAACGUCACCCGCGUGGAGGUUGGGACCCACACCUAUCGGCAGGACCACGAGAGGGUGGUGUUUGCCCCCAGGCGCAUGGUGAUGGUGCCCCCCCGGCACUACUGCGUGGUGCUCAACCCCGUGGCCCGGGGCCCUACGGGGGCUGUGCUGGUCGAUGGAGCGGGGCAGGCUCGUCUGCGGCACGCUGACCUCGAUAUCCGCCUGGCACAGGAGCCCUUCCCCCUAUACCCUGGCGAGGAGAUCCAGCAGGACAUCACCCCACUGCAGGUGGUGCUGGCUGACACUGCCCUGCGCCUGCGGGCCCUGCUUGAUUUCAAGGAUGAGGAUGGAAACAAGUUUGUGGCAGGAGAUGAGUGGCUCUUCGAGGGUCCCGGCACCUACAUCCCCCGCAAAGAGGUGGAGGUGGCUGAGACACUGCAAGCCACUGUCAUUGGGCACAACCAGGCCAUCCGCCUGCGAGCACGCAAGCUGUGCCUUGACCGCUAUGGCACCCGCCGUGUCACAGGUGAGGAGUGGCUGGUGAAGCAGGUGGGUGCUUACUUGCCUGGUGUCUACGAGGAGGUGGUGGACGUUGUGGAUGCCUACAUCCUCACUGACAAGAAAGCCCUGCACCUGAGGGCAACACGGACGUUUGAGGAUGAGCGGGGCCGGGUGCGGCGCACAGGCGAGGAGUGGCUGGUGACCCAGGCGCAGAGUGAGGCCUAGAUCCCGGAGGUGUUUGAGGAGGUGGUGGCCGAAGUGGCGGUGACAACGCUGGGCCCCCGGCAGUACUGCGUGGUGCUUGACCCUGUGGGGCCCAAUGGGCAGCCCCAGCUGGGCCAGCAGCGUGUUGUCAAGGGAGAGAAGUCCUUCUUUUUGCAGCCGGGUGAGCGACUCCAGGCUGGCAUCCAAGAUGUCUAUGUACUCUCUGAGGAUGAGGGGUUGCUGCUCCAGGCGCUCCAGACCAUCAAGGACACCAAUGAGGAGGGGACGGAGGUGACGCGGCAGGCAGGUGACCGCUGGCUGGCCCGGGGCCCCCUCGAGUACGUGCCACCGGCUGAGGUGACCGUGCUGGAGCGACGCCGGGCCGUGGCCCUUGCUGACAAUGAGGGUAUCUACGUGCGA